AUGCUGCAUAACGAUAACGACGCCUCCAAUGCCGACCUGUCCAACUAUACACAAUCCAUCUUCCUGCCCUUCGUCUACCCGUACAAAACCGAGGAGGUACCCUUAGUCAAGACUACCGUCAACGGCGUCCCAAUCAAGAUGCCAGUCGAUACGGGCUCGACAGGCCUCUUAGUCGGCGCACCAAUCCUCCCAGAUGUGGACCUUUCCAAAGGAACCCCAGCCCACCAAUACCUCUCUAGCAGCAACAUAUUCUACAAGGGCCGGCUCGUAGAUCUCUCCGUCACCUUUCACGGUGUGAACGGCUCGCAUGCGUCCGCAACGAUUCCGGUGCUAGUGGUGGAGGAAAGUUUCAUCUGUCCGUGGUACGAUCCGAACAAGCACGGCCCAGAAUGUCCCCUGGGCCCCGGUGGAGAAGCACCCAGGCGCAGAAAUACCUCUCAAAUAACGUACAUGGGCGUUGGGUUCGGAAGGAACAGGGCGGGUGAUAACCAGCCGAGAGGCCUGCCGAAGGGAAACGCGUUCCUGAAUAUCGAAUCGAUCAAUGGCGAAGCCGUGCCGCCUGGCUCGCUGCGGGCAGGAUACGUGCUAUCGGCCACAGGUGUUCACGUUGGACUGACCAGAGAGAACGUGCGAGGCGUUGACUUUAUCGAUCUCGAGCCUGGUGUUACGCACAAGCAGGACCCCCGAGAUUGGGCUAUGCCGCGGACGUGUUUCGCCAUUGACGGAAGGGAGCAACACGGGUACGCGCUGGUGGAUAGUGGCAUUCCGCACAUGUACAUCAGGACGGAGGAAGGUGUUUCCGUCCCAAACAUUACCAUCCGCAACCCAAACCAGAAUCGGGGUGCAGAGUUCGUGAAGCGUGUGCGGGCGGGGACCGAGAUCGCGAUCGGUUUCCCGUCUCUUGACGACAGCAAGGCGGUCGGGUAUACUUUCGUCGUGGGGAGGAAUUCAUCCAUGGCGCCCAGUCAUGUCAUCCCAGAGCGGCAAGCGCCGCCACCCUUUGUAAAUACCGGCCGCAACUUCCUCUUCGGGUACUCCAUAGCUUUCGACGCCGUGGGCGGCCGCUUUGGGUUUCGCCCCGUCAAUCCAUCCUCUUCCCUUUGA